UGGGACCCUUUAAACACACAGUAGAUGAUGGUCUGGAUGUCCGUAAAGCAGCCUUUGAGUGUAUGUACACUCUGCUGGACGGUUGUCUGGAGGGUCUGGACGUCCUUCAGUUCCUGGACCACGUGGAGGAGGGACUCAAAGACCACUACGACAUCAGGAUGCUAACCUUCCUGAUGUUAGCCAGACUGGCCUCUCUGAGUCCUGCAGCGGUCCUCCAGCGACUGGACCGACUCAUUGAGCCUCUUAAAGCCACCUGCACCACCAAGGUGAAGGCCGGCUCCGUGAAGCAGGAGUUUGAGAAGCAGGAGGAGCUGAGGCGCUCGGCGAUGCGCGCCGUCGCCGCCCUGCUGGCCGUGCCCGAGGUGGAGCGGAGCCCCAGCAUGGCCGACUUCGCCAACCAGAUCAGAACCAACGCCGACAUGGCGUCCAUCUACCAGAGCGUCCAGGGGGGGGAGGGAGGGGCCCCGGGCCCUGCGGAGAGCAUGGACAUCAGCUAGAUCAGUUAGAGAUUAAAAAAGCUUUUGUAGUUUGAAAACUGGGCUGUUAGUUUGAAUUUACUCUUUGUCAAAAAAUGCAAAUAAAGCUGCAGUGUGAAGCAUUUAUGGGGCUUCAGUCUGCCAGGUUCCUACAGGAGCCCAGAAGGGACACAAACACACUGUCCCUUUAAGGACUUCCCAGUCUGAACUGGGUUUAGUUUAGCUCACAUGAAAUAAAGUGGGAGGAGCAACACUUUGAAACGUGUCAGAGCAGUCUGUGUCUCUUAUGUGUUGAGCCGUUAUCAACUCUUCAUGUCAAAUCUUUGCAUCUGAUGACAACAUGAACACAAACAUCUUCGUCUUCACUCAGGAAGUAAACGUGGGCGUUGACUUUUACUGCAGCUUGAUACUGUUUUAAAAAAAGGCCCCAUUUAAGUUUGUCAAAUU